CCGUACGCCAGGCCUGGCGCCUACGCGCAGUUCCGAGCUAUCGCCCUGGCUUCGCUCACUGCUUGCAAGUCCAGGGCCUCGCACUGAACAGUGGCACCGAACCGAAUCUGCUCAUGCUAUAGUUUACUGAUCUGUGUACCUAUCGUCAAGCAGCUGCGUCUAUGGCGGGAAAGAACGAAGGCGCGCGCUGGCUGGCGCUGGAUCCUUCGAAGCGCUGGACAGAGGUUUUCUUCCUCGCAUACAGCCCUUUCUGGAUCAUCUGGGCCCUGGUGCUGCUGGUGCCGUUCCAGCUCUUCGAGUACUGCGGCAACUAUGGCUACAUGCUUAUCGGCAUCUCCUGCGCGGCGCCGACGUUCAUUCUGCCGCUGUUCAUCCGGUGCAAGGCGGACCAGGGCAAGCCCAUGUGGCAGCGGUUCUGGGUCAAGGCCAACAUCUGGAUCGCCAUCUUUAGCUUCAUCGGGAACUACUUCUGGACGCACUACUUCUACAAGGUCCUGGGCGCCUCCUAUACCUUUGUGUCCUGGCGCCUCAACGACGUGCCCAUCACGCUGUACCUGAUGACUCACGGCUACUUCUGCUUCUACCACGUGGUGUCCAACGUGCUGCUGCGGAGGGUCCAGACGGGCCUGGCCAAGAGCUCCUGGCUGGUGCGCCGCACGGCCAUGGGCCUGGUGGUGUUUGCGCUGUCGUACGCGACCGCGUUUAUGGAGACGCUCACAAUUGCGCACUUCCCCUACUACACGUUUGUUGACCGCGAGAAGAUGUACACCGUGGGCUCGCUCUUCUACGCCAUCUACUUCUUCGUGUCCUUCCCCAUGUUCUACCGCAUGGACGAGUACCCGCAGAAGAGGGGCUCCAAGUGGACUUCCAGCGAGGCGGCUCUGGACAGUCUGGCUGCGGGCAUGCUGGUCACCAUUCUGCUGGACCUGUGGCGCAUUGGCGUGGGCGGCAUCGUGGACGGCAAGGGUGCAGGCCUGCCCUGGAUGUAGGCGCACCCGCGGGCGUAGGGAUGGAUGUAGGGCUCGGCGGCCCCGCCUGGAUGCAGAUUCACGGAGCUGUAGCUGUAGAUGAAGAGCAUGGCGCUAAGUGCAACGGAGCCGUGGAGCUGUGGGCCGCCGCUGAGCUUCGCAAGUACAGCUGCCAGGACUACCGAGUACCCGAGGGGGGCAUUACCUCGAGGCGCGGCCAGCACUGCGCAGCGUGCGGCGCGGCCAGUGAGCCGGCACGAGUUGCCUGUAUAGCUCGCCAUCCUUGACAUGCAUUGUCAUGUAGCGUCGGAUGUCAUGUGAACGAAUUUGGGGUUUCACGCUGCGCAGCAGGUACCCGAGCCACGGCUGGAAUAAUGCCGCCCUCCGUUGUGGCCGCGUGAGUUGUGAUGGAAACAUGGUUGUGCCAUGGACAUAAGGCGGCAUACAAUGGUACUUUGAUGAAUUGGUGUCUGAAUCUGCCCUGUUGAAAGAGGACAGUGGCAGCCAUGCUGCGUUCGGCGGUUGCGCGCGAGGAUUGCCGCGGUGUCGGCACAUCGCCAGGAGGAGCCUUGCGGCGUACACUGAGACUUGGUACACACUCCUUCACAUUGGGGAAAGCUCAGUGUUGUUGAGGUAAAUGACAACGGACGCCAGUAGCUGUGACAAAUGAUUUACGAACUUGUUCCGACAGCCAGGCGUUGCCGGAACCAGGACGACUAGGGGCGUCUGCUUGCCACUUGCGGCUUGCGUUUCUCGCCCCCGCAAUUGCUGUAGAGCAAUAGAAGUACACGAAUACAAAUGUUUGAGGCGUAGAGGUUUUAGCCGCUGCGAAGGUGGGCGAGAGUUUCGGCGGGCACCCGCGCAGGACGAGCCUGGUACCGACCGUUUUGUCCAAGGGCCCAUGCUGGGCAAUGGCUGCCUCGCAACUGGUGGCGUUGCCACAGCUGCUUAUGGCCAUAUAAAAGGAA